UCAAAACGAAAAUAACAACAUGGAGAAUGGCUCGACCGAUGUCAGCUUCAAUCAUUUCUCAACCGAAACUAGACGGAUACGUCUUUACUGAGAAGCUUGGCAGUGGUUCCUAUGCUACGGUGUAUAAAGCUUACAAAAAGCAUGGUACCAGAGAAGUUGUCGCAGUCAAGUGUGUUUUGAGAUCAUCUUUAAAUAAAGCCUCAUCAGAGAAUUUACUACGAGAAAUAGAACUAUUGAAAAAAUUGAAGCAUGACAACAUCGUGGAACUCAAAGAUUUUCGGUGGGAUGAUAAGUGUAUCUACCUCAUCAUGGAGUACUACAGUGGGGGAGACCUGUCCCACUUUAUACGCUCCAAAAGGGCCCUGCCUGAAUACAUAGUCAAACGUUUCCUCCAGCAAAUUGUCAAAGCUAUGAGGUACUUGAGGGAACACAAUGUGGCCCAUAUGGACCUCAAACCACAGAAUAUUCUCAUGUCUUCACCUGCAAAUCCAUAUCUCAGAAUUGCAGAUUUUGGUUUUGCUAAGCACAUGUUCCAUGGUGAUGAACUGCACGCAAUGAGGGGGUCGCCUUUGUAUAUGGCUCCAGAGAUCAUCUGUAAAGGAAUAUAUGAUGCUCGUGUCGACAUCUGGUCUAUAGGGGUCAUUCUUUAUGAAUGUUUAUUUGGGCGGGCACCUUUUGCUUCUAAAAACCUGAAGGAACUUCAGGAGAAGAUUUGGGAUUCAAAACCAGUGGAGCUUCCUUAUGGUGUGACAGUGUCCGACCCUUGUAGGGAUCUUCUUCUUCGGAUGCUGAAGAGAGAUCCAGAAAAGAGAAUAAGCUUUGACGAAUUCUUCAAUCAUCCAUUUGUUGAUCUUGACCACAUGCCUUCAAAUGAAUCCUUAGAUAAAGCUGUAGCCAUCGUGCGGGAUGCUGUACUUUCCGACCAGAAAGGGGAUUAUGCUUCAGCAGUAAAACACUACUGUGAUUCUCUCUCUCACUUCAUUUCUGCCAUCCACCAUGAGAAAAAUAAGGAAAAGAAAGAAGUACUGAGGAAAAAGGUUAAAGAAUACAUGGACAGAGCUGAAGAAUUGAAGACAAUGAUGAAGCCAAAAAAGAAUGAAGUUCUGAAAAGAUCUAGUUCUACUGACCCACUGCAGCAGCUCUUGGAGAUGUAUGAAAGUAAUGAUGAAGUGACUGCAGCAUUAAAAGUAAUUAAAGGAGCAGAGAUAGAGCAUGCAUCCGAAGAUUAUGAAUCUGCACUUGGUCACUAUGAACUAGGCUUGAGAACUGUGAUUCAUGCUCUGAAAGAAGAAUCAAAGGGAAAAAGAAAAGACUUAUUAGGAAAACAGACUCAUCUAUGGAUGGAAGAAGCCGAGAAGAUCCAAACAUUCCUGUCCAUUCGACAACUCAAUACAGCAGACACAUCUACACAGGAGGAAGAGGCGGACAAUAAAUACCAGGGACAAUGUUCAAUUCAGUGAUAACCUGCCACCUGAUCUUGAUUGGUCAGGAAGUGAAAGUGUAUUAUCACUGUAGUAUAUACGUACUGUGGUGUGAUGGAAGGGAUAUUGUGUAAGAUAAACUUG